AAUAAGCAAAUGUAGAUGGUGUUUGUUUGUAUUGUUUCUAUAUUUGGAUAAUGAAAUACAAAAGAAAGAGAGUAUUAAUAUUAAUUAGUUAACUAACAUUCUUCCAGCAAUUAAUAAUAGCAUUGGCCAAUAAUAGGCAAUGCUUUGAGAAAAAUGGGAGGGAGAUUGUGUUGCGUUGUUUGUGAUGAUGAUUCCGAUUAAUUAUUACAUUUGGAUUUGAAAUUGCAAUUGCAAUUUGCAUGCAUGAUGAGAGCGAGGAUUAGGGAGGGAUUCAUUCAUUGAUUGUUUCAGGAAGAAGAAGAAGCAAUAUUAGCAUUAUAACAAACAACAACAUGACAACCACGGAUACAACAUCACGCGGUUCAACGUCAUCCUCCAAUGGACUCCUCACCGUCACCAUUGCCAGCAGCACUCACCCUCACGGCCUCUCUGCUAACGAGGAUGACGACGACCUCCUCGUUGAUCCCGACGAUCCUUUCAACAUUACUCAAACCAAGAAUGCUCCUCCCCAAACCCUCAAGCGUUGGCGACAAGCAGCAUUUGUGCUCAACGCGUCCAGGCGUUUUAGAUAUACUCUCGACUUGAAAAAGGAAGAGGAGAAAGAGCAAAAGAAAAGCAUGAUCAGAGCUCAUGCACUAGUCAUCAGAGCAGCUUUGCUUUUCAGAUUGGCCGGUGAACGCGAACUAGUAACAAGAAGUACAUCAGUGGCACCCACAACUGCAGGUGGUGACUAUGCAGUUGGACUCGAACAACUUGUUUCAAUGUCCAAGAAUCAAAAUAUUUCUGCUUUACAACAAUAUGGAGGGGUUAAAGGCUUAUCAGAUUCUCUAAAAUCAGAUCUGGAUAAAGGGAUUAGUGGAGAUGACGUUGAUCUAUCAAGGAGGAAAAAUGCAUUUGGAACUAAUACAUAUCCUCGGAAAAAGGGUAGAAGUUUAUGGAGGUUUCUAUGGGAAGCUUGGCAAGAUCUGACCCUUAUAAUAUUGAUUAUAGCAGCAGCAGUAUCAUUAGUGCUUGGAAUAAAAACAGAGGGUUUGGAAGAAGGAUGGUAUGAUGGAGGAAGCAUUGCUUUUGCAGUUUUACUUGUCAUUGUAGUUACAGCUGUCAGUGAUUAUCGGCAAUCUCUUCAGUUUCAGAACUUGAACGCAGAAAAACAAAAUAUACAACUGGAGGCCAUAAGAGGUGGUAGAACAAUAAAAAUAUCGAUAUUUGAAAUUGUUGUUGGUGAUGUACUGCCCCUUAAAAUAGGAGAUCAGGUUCCGGCUGACGGAGUUUUAAUUACUGGUCACUCACUUGCCAUUGAUGAAUCCAGUAUGACUGGUGAAAGCAAGAUUGUUCACAAGGAUCAAAAAGCCCCAUUUUUAAUGUCAGGUUGCAAAGUAGCAGAUGGAGUUGGUUCUAUGCUGGUAACUAGUGUUGGUAUAAAUACUGAGUGGGGAUUGUUGAUGGCAACUAUCUCAGAGGAUACUGGAGAAGAGACUCCAUUACAGGUACGAUUGAAUGGAGUAGCAACUUUUAUUGGUAUCGUUGGGCUUACUGUAGCUGCAGCUGUUCUUGUAGUCCUCUUGGGAAGAUACUUUUCUGGCAAUACGAAAGAUUUAGAUGGAAAAGUUCAAUUUGUUGCUGGAGAGACUAGUAUCAGCGAUGCUGUAGAUGCGAGCAUCAAAAUUUUUACCAUUGCAGUAACAAUUGUGGUUGUUGCAGUGCCAGAAGGUCUACCUUUAGCAGUUACCUUAACCCUGGCAUACUCGAUGCGGAAGAUGAUGGCAGACAAAGCCUUGGUACGAAGGUUGUCAGCUUGCGAAACCAUGGGAUCUGCUACGACAAUUUGCAGCGAUAAAACUGGAACUUUGACCUUAAACCAGAUGACUGUAGUUGAGGCAUAUGUUGGGAGGAAGAAAUUAAAUCCACCAGAUGACUCGUCAAAAUUGCAUUCAGAAGUUUUAUCUCUGAUAAAUGAAGGCAUAGCGCAAAAUACAACAGGCAAUAUUUUUGUCCCUAAGGAUGGUGGAGAGACAGAGGUUUCAGGAUCUCCUACAGAGAAGGCAAUUCUAUCAUGGGCUCUGAAGUUGGGAAUGAAUUUUGAACUUAUCAGAUCAAGUACAAAGAUUAUCCAUGUCUUCCCCUUUAAUUCUGAGAAAAAGCGAGGUGGUGUUGCUGUGAAACUGGAGGACUCUGGAGUGCAUAUACAUUGGAAAGGAGCUGCUGAGAUAGUUCUAGGAACAUGUACCCAAUAUCUUGAUUCAGAUGGUCACCGGCAAUCUAUUGAAGAAGAGAAGGCAUUCUUCAAGAAGGCAAUUGAUGACAUGGCUGCUCAGAGCUUGCGUUGUGUUGCUAUUGCAUACAGAUCAUAUGAAUUGGACAAAAUUCCAUCUAAGGAGGAGGAUUUAGACCAGUGGACCUUACCCGAACACGAGCUUGUUUUGGUUGCUAUUGUUGGAAUAAAGGAUCCUUGCCGCCCUGGAGUCAAAGAAGCUGUGAGAUUAUGUACCGAGGCUGGUGUUAAGGUACGCAUGGUUACUGGGGACAAUCCUCAAACAGCAAAAGCAAUAGCUUUGGAGUGUGGAAUACUGGUUUCAACUGAAGAUGCAGUCGAGCCAAAUGUAAUUGAAGGAAAGACAUUCCGUCAAUUCUCUGAAAAGGAAAGGGAAGAAGUUGCUAAGAAAAUAACUGUGAUGGGAAGAUCAUCUCCAAAUGACAAGCUUUUGCUUGUGCAAGCACUACGUAAAGGAGGUGAAGUUGUUGCUGUCACAGGAGAUGGAACUAAUGAUGCCCCUGCUCUUCAUGAGGCAGAUAUUGGUCUUUCUAUGGGUAUCCAAGGAACUGAAGUUGCAAAAGAAAGCUCAGAUAUUAUAAUCUUGGAUGAUAACUUUGCAUCAGUAGUAAAGGUUGUUCGCUGGGGUCGUUCUGUUUAUGCAAAUAUUCAGAAAUUUAUUCAGUUCCAACUCACUGUAAAUGUUGCUGCUCUUGUUAUAAAUGUUGUGGCAGCGGUAUCUGCCGGUGAGGUUCCUUUAAAUGCAGUACAGCUUCUGUGGGUUAACCUUAUUAUGGACACACUUGGGGCACUUGCUCUGGCUACCGAGCCACCGACUGACAGCCUUAUGCACAGAUCACCAGUUGGCCGAAGGGAACCUCUUAUAACGAAUAUCAUGUGGAGGAACUUGUUCGUACAGGCUCUUUAUCAAGUGAUUGUUCUUCUGGUUCUUAACUUUGGUGGUGAAAGUAUUCUACGUCAAGAUUCUAGGACUCAUACCUUACAAGUGAAGAAUACUUUAAUUUUCAACGCAUUCGUCCUGUGCCAAAUAUUCAAUGAAUUCAAUGCUCGAAAGCCGGAAGGAAUGAAUGUCUUCAAGGGAGUGACUAAGAACCGUCUCUUCAUGGGAAUUGUUGGAAUGACCUUUAUACUUCAGAUAAUCAUCAUCGAGUUCCUUGGGAAGUUCACAACGACAGUGAGGCUUAAUUCGAUGCAGUGGCUUGCUUGUCUUUGUAUUGGGCUGUUCAGCUGGCCACUUGCAAUACUUGGAAAAUUAAUUCCAGUUCCCAAAACACCAUUGUCACGAUGCGUCUUGAAGGUGUUUAGGCGCUUGAAGAAAUCUAGGACUGCAUAAUGGGUUGCCAAACUUAUAACCAGCAAUUCAUAGUAAACUAACGACUGACAGACGUGUAACCGUACAUAUCCCUGAGCUGAGCCGGGUCUUCUUUCUAGAAUUUGUAACAUACUGUAUAUUCAACAUAUAUAGCAAUUAUAUCAUUUUUAGAUUGUAAGAUACUGUAUAUUCAACAUGUAGCAAUCAUAUCAUUUUUAGACUGUAAUAUACUGUAUAUUCAGCAUAUAUGGCAAUUGUGUUUAGACAAGUUACAAAUAUAUGUCAAAGUGGACAAUACCAAUACUAAGCACAAUGCUGCUAAUGGAUCCUAAUACUAAGCACAAUGCUGAUAAUAUUUUUUGACAAAAUAGAAGUACAAUUUAUUAAAUCAUA